AUGAGUGAUAGUGAGACACGUCCUGUGAUAGACCCUGGUGUGGGUAACAGCCAAACGGAUGAGAUACAGGGGUCUGAAACACGGAAACGAGAGAUGGAAGUGGAUGAGGUGGAUAAGAGUGAGGAUAAGGAUUGUCAUAUAGAGAAGAAAUUGAAACCAGAUAAUGGGGAGACAGAGAUAGGACAAGAUAAGACAGAGUUAGAGGAGGAUAAAAAAGAGCCAGAGCAAGAUGGCAAAGAGAAAGAGCAAGAUGACAAAGAGCAAGAAAAAGAGGCAAUUGUAGAAGAAACGUCCAAACAAGACUCAAUUCCAAAGGUAGAAGAGAAAGAAGAGCCUAUAAAUGAUAAAGAGAGCAAGGAAGAGAGCAAGGACGAGACUACUAAAGAAGAAGUGAAAAAAGAAAAUAUGAAAGAUGAAACAAAACAGGAAGAGACAAAAGAUGAAAAGAAACCAGAAGAGGCGAAAGAAGAAGAGCCAAAGGAUGGUAUGAAAAUACCAGCCCCUGCUCCUCCUCCAGAGCCAGAUAUGAACAAUUUACCAGAAAACCCUAUACCGGCUCACCAGAAGAAACAUGCUUUGAUGGCUGUCAAAGCUGUUAAGCGGUUAAAAGAUUCUCGUCCAUUUUUAAACCCCGUGGACCCCGUGGCUCUUAAUGUGCCAUUCUAUUAUAACAAGAUUAAACAUCCAAUGGAUUUAAACACGAUAGAAAGAAAAUUGACUUUAAAUGCAUACGAUGUUAUAGAGUCUCUUACCGAAGAUUUCAAUUUGAUGGUGAAUAAUUGUAUUCUAUUCAAUGGCCCAACUUCAAGUAUUUCUCAAAUGGCUAAAAACAUUCAAGCCUCUUUUGAAAAACACAUGUUGAAUAUGCCUCCAAGAGAUUUACCAACUCCUGUAAAAAACAGUAAUUCUUCCAAUAAUCCUAAACAAAAAGUUUUAAAUUCAGAAGGGUCUGUAAUUAUAAGAAGAUUGCAAUCCAACAAUGGUAGACCCAAGAGGGAAAUACAUCCUCCAAAAUCUAAAGAUAUUUAUAAUACCACAAGUUCUGCUGAUAAUGAUUCAAAUUCAAAUAGGAAACCUCCUAAAUCUAAAAAAUUAAAGCAAGUUAUGAAAUUUUGUCAAUCAAUUGUAAAAGAAUUAUCAAGCAAGAAAUAUUCUUCUUUUAAUUAUCCGUUUUUAGUACCAGUAGACCCUGUGGAACAAAAUAUCCCCACUUAUUUCGAUUAUAUUAAAGAACCAAUGGAUUUAAGUACGAUUUCCAAGAAAUUGAUCAAUUGGGAAUACAAAACUCCUGAAGAAGUCGAAUAUGAUAUUAAUUUGAUCUUUAAAAAUUGUUAUAUUUUUAAUCCAGAGGGAACCAUAGUUAAUAUGAUGGGCCAUCGAUUACAAGACAUUUUCAAUACUAAAUGGGCAGAAAGACCUAUUUUUGAUUCUUAUGAAGAUUCCGAAGACGAACAAUUAAAACAAGAAGAUCAAGAAGAAGAUGGAUAUGAAGAUGAAUCAAUGUUCAUGUCUAUGGAUCAUGAUCAAAUGAAUGGGAUGGAGGAUCUUUCUGAUUCUGACGCAGAUUUAGAUGAAACUUCUAUCACCAACCCAGCAAUCCAAUAUUUAGAAGAACAGUUGAAAAGAAUGAAAUCAGAAUUACAAGUAUUAAAGAGACAAGAACUGGAUAAGAUUAGAAAAGAAAGAAGAUUAGCCAAAUAUAAUUCAAUGCAAUCAAACUCAAAUAAAAAGAAAAAGAAGAAUAUUUCCAAUAAUGGUACUGCAAAUUUAAAUUUCUCAAAUAAUAAAAAAGUUUCCACUCCUUCUGGAACAAAUAAGAAAUCAAUAAGAUCAAGAAGGAAAAAUUCCAAAUCAAAUAUAUCCCAACCUGCAAAUAAAUUCAAAACUGUAGUCACUUAUGACAUGAAAAGGAUAAUCACCGAAAGAAUUAAUGACUUACCCCCUGAAAAAUUAGAAAAAGCAAUAGAAAUCAUCAAAAAGUCAAUGCCAUACUUAUCUGAUGAUGAUGAAGUAGAACUGGAUCUAGACACCUUGGAUACAAACACUAUCUUGAAUCUAUUUAAUACUUUCUUUAGACAUUUCGAAAACAUACCUUCUCCCAAUUCAAUUAGUAGUAACUCGCAUUUACAUAACAAUAAUCAAUCGAAUUAUAACGAUGAUUACAAUAACAGCAAUACUUUUAAUACAAACAUUAACACUCCUCCCACUAUGGAUUUCAUGGAUUCCAUAUCUAUGAGAUCUCCUCUCUCUCCAACUUCUCUUGCCAAUAACUUAAAUAACAGUUCAACUCAUAGUCACACAAAUAAAAAGAAGAGAUCAAAACCUUUAACUCAAGAACAACAAUCAAAACAAAUUGAAAAAAUUAAAAAUAAAUUGGCUUUCUUAGAUGGUGCAUCUCCAAAUUCAAAUAAUGGUUCAUCUCCUUCAUCUUCAACGAAUUUGAAAAAUUUAUCUUCUUCAAAUAACAUUAAUUCUUUGAAAAAUAAUAAAAGAUCGAACCAAACUGCUUAUUCAACAACUUCAAGUUCAUCAGAUGAUGAUGUAAGUAGUGAAAGUGAAGAAGAAUAA